CGGCUCACUAAAAAGAACCGAACUCCCCGUCACUAGUCCGUUGAGCUCCACUUUGUUUCUUUGACGUCGCUCGGUACCUGCUGAAUAACAACAUUAAAUAUCAUCACUUUUAAUCUUAUGAUUUAUUUGUUGCCAGAUUUUUAUAUUUCAUUAUAAAAUCAGAGUCAGCUACGACGUAACGUAACGUGGGAGUGACGUAAGGGAUGUUAUGCUAACGGUUAGCCUGCAGGAGCUAACUUAGUGUCACAGUGACUUGUUGUUGUUUUUUAACCUCCCUGAAACUCACAGAUGAGUUUAUCCUCCGCGGGCUGGUCUACAUCAAUGUGAGUCUGUUCUUUAUGUGCUGAGACAUGAACGGGAGCUCGAACCCGCUGCUGGACAAAGAGGAACACGUCCUGAAGCUCGGAGAGAGCUUCGAGAAGAGGCCGAAGUCCUCGUUCCACACCAUCAGAUAUGACUUCAAACCAGCAUCUAUUGACACGAGCUGUGAGGGAGAGCUGCAAGUUGGGAAAGGAGAUGAAGUUACUAUAACGUUACCUCACAUCCCGGGCUCGACGCCUCCCAUGACGGUGUUCAAAGGAAACAAGCGUCCGUACCAGAAGGACUGCGUGCUCAUCAUCAACCAUGACACCGGGGAGUUCGUACUGGAGAAGCUGAGCAGCAGCAUCCAGGUCAAGAAAACCAGGGCGGAGGGCAGCAGUAAGAUCCAGGCCCGGAUCGAGCAGCAGUCAGUCCGGUCCACCCAGCCCAGCUCUCAGUUCCGGGCUCCCACUAAACCCGGAGCCGGGGUCAAGACCUCCCCAUCUCCUUCUAAGGAUAAUCCCUCCCCAGAACCUCAGCUCGACGACAUCAAGAGAGAGCUGCGAGCCGAGGUGGAGGUGAUCGAGCAGAUGAGCAGCAGCGGCAGCAGCAGCUCCUCCGACUCAGCCAGCGCCUCGGGGAGCGGCGACGACAGCAGCAGCAGUGACGCCGAACACGACGCUCCCCGACCGCUCAGCCAGACCUCCCCAAACCGCCACCCCAUGGCCAACGGAGGAGCCGACCGGCAGCAGGGCAACAACCAGCUCAUGAACACACUACGAAACGACCUGCAGCUCAGCGAAUCGGGCAGCGACAGUGACGACGACUGAACUCCCUGCUGUCUCUCUCUCUCCACACUCCUCCUCCACCUCCUCCACCUUUCUGCCUGGUUCACUUGUUCCUUUGCUGUGAUAGCUGACCCCAGCUGUAUAUCUCGGUUUGACUGUAUUUUUAUUUGAGUAUAUCCUUAAAGCUGGCCAGAGUGUAUUUUUUAUUAGAUGUAUAUUUUGUUUUGUAUAGCAAAACUUUAGGAAAAAGAAACUUUUACUUGAGAGGUUUGGAAGAUUCUAUAUUAGAGUGCACAUACAUAUUUUCUGUACUUAGAGCAGCUAGUUUUAUCUACUUGUAUCAUUUGUUUUUUUGCGUUGAAGAGAUCUCGUUCUCUCGUCUCGUCUUGUGGUCUGUCAGAGAAGGUCGUGGGAAGCCUCUCCGUGUUUUUAUCGGUUCGCUAAGAAUACAAAAGUUUCAGUAUUGCGCAGAUACUCUGCAUGAGCAACGGAUCAGAGACAGAAACGUCAGUUUGGUAAUAACUGAUUAAAGUCAAGCUUGACGAUCUACAUUAAAGGAUGAGGAUGUUCAGUAUUUUUUGUUGUCAACAAAUCCCAUGAAAAGACCAACACAGACCGUCUGUUUGGCUCUGGAUCUGUAGUUACGUUUCCAUCAAACACUUUCAGGAUAGUACACUUUAAACCGAGACCUAACCCCGCGAGGUACAUGGACCUAAAAACUCCGAGAUCUGUUUUGCGUUUCCAAUGCAGACAGUACACAUGUAGGGUGGGUUGUUAGUGUCGGGCUUUGGGGCUGUUAACUCAAAACAGACAAGACUAAAAGACAAGUGCUAAACUUGUCCUCUCCUCCGCCUACAACAAGGACACACAUGGCAGGUUUCAGUCUUUUCCUGGGAUUUGUUGGCAUUAAGAAAAACAGUUGUCUAAUUACACAGGAAUUAAGCUAAAUUCACUUUCAGGUUGCUGUUUUCUAAUGAUUUUACUUCAGGGUUUUGGCAUUACGAGUUCAAGAUAGUUGUUUAGAGAUGAUUAGUGAUUUGGAUUUCUGAAAUCUAGUGUUACAUAGCGUAUUAUGUACAAUUUUAGAGUUUGACGUUGCAGAUGUUUAAAGCUGCAUUUAGUGAUUUUUUUUUUCCACCACUAGGGGACAGUAAAGACACAAAAACAAACUCACAGAAACACUAACCCUGCUGUUAUGGCUCACAACAGUUGAAUGUAAUUGGCUCUGGUUUGGCGUCCACCAACUCCUGAGGAAAACACCUGGCUGUAGGCGCUGAUGAGAGCCAAGAAAAGUAGCCAACAAACAGAGGAGGAAGUCAGCUGUAAUCUGUUACUACAAACUGUGUGUGUAGGUAUCGCCUCCAUUGCUUCCUUCCUUUAUCAUCUUUGCACUGACUCAGUGACAGUAACAUAAUUCGGUCAUUAAUCAGUUAAAUUAAUCAAAGUAGGGUCUGUAUUUGAAGCAUGGAGAUCACAGUGAUUCCAAAAUUUCACAUAUUUUUUUUUCUGGAACCGACAUCUGGACCCAACCUGGAGCUAAACUGUGGAGGAUUAUGUCCAGAGAGAUUUAUCUUCCUAUUAUUUCUUUUCCACAGUUCGUUUCAGGUUUGUUGCGUCAGUUGUGUGUCAGUGUUUUCACACAGAGAGUAUCUUACUCCUGAUCCCAUAUUAUUAUAGGAGCAUUCCAUGCCUUACAGCGGUUCAGUUUGGAAACGAAGGUGAAUGUGUCAUUUUUCUGAAAAUGCCAAAGAGUUGGAACUGCCCCUCAUCCCGUGCGCGCACACACACACACACAUGUCGCUGCGUACAUGUAUUCAUUUUGUUUUUAUCUGACACUGUGUCGUGUCGUUGAAGUUGUUGAUCGUUCCCCCCGUCUGCAGGACUGAAUAUAUUGUGCAGUAUAACGUUAUUAAUGCAACAGCUCACAGUCAGAAACACAGCUGAAGAGUUUCAUUACAAAAUGCCAAGACUUGAUUUCAGUUCGUUUGUUUAUCGCUCAAUAACGAACUGAUAAUUUUACGAAAUGUUGUCCCUUAUUCUCCUGUACGUGUCAGGUCAGGACAAACUAUUGCAACAUUGUAAAACAUGUUAUUCCAACACAACUGCAACCUGUGUGAAAACACCUGCAUGUGUUUGAAACAUACAAAAUAUCACACACGUCAUUGGCAGCUUAAAUCCAAAAACAGCCAUUUCAAUUGGACACCUGCUCCUAUAAACAAAUUCUGGCAAAGAUUAAUUUAAAGUAUGAAACAACAAAAUGUUUUCUGCCUUUCAAAGUUCAUCUACAUUUUAAAUUAUUUAUUUUGGUGGCAUUUUGAAACGAAACCCUUCAGGCACACGUCAGAUUCACUUUGCUGUCAUACGACGUGUAGCUGUUGUUGUUGUUGUUGGUGUUUUAUAUCGCAGCUGUGUUUCUCAAAAGCGUCUUUAGACGAGGUUCGUCUUGUCUUUGCAGAACAGAGCAGAGAUGGUCGUGAGUUAUAAGAUGUAAACGGUUACUGACCUACCACACAGUACUCCUCAGAACCAUAACAGUUUUAAAUAUCCUGAGUUUAUUGAGGAAACUAAGUAUCUGCAAUUAUGGGCGAUUAGUUUUUAGGGAUGCACGAUAUGAAUUUUGCCUCUCAUUAGUGAUAAUUUUACAUUUUAAGAUUUAAAAAAGAAAGUUUCUAACCUAAAGUUUCUGCAGACCUGACGGUAGGAAAUAUUAAGAUGUAGUGAGCACGGGAUAAUUAAAUAUUUUAUAGCUGAUCACUGUUGACAAAAACAAAGAACAGACUCUUCAAAUGUUCAUUUAUUUUCCAUCAGACAACUUCACAAACAUACUUUCAUAAAACAUAAAACCUAUUCAUCAUAAAUUCAAAAUAAAUUAUUCCUGACCGAUAAUUUAUCUGCUACAAUUUUAUCAUCAGAAUAAUAAUCUAAAUUUUCCUUUAUCAACAGAUAAUUGAUCUGUCCUGAUUCAUAUCGUGCAUCCCUAAUUAGCCCGUCACGUGUCGUCCUCCUCGGUUUUUAAGCUUGUGGAUGUAUUGUUGAAUGAAGCAGGUGGAUGCUCAAGUUACAUUUUCCACUUUGGUGUUUUCCCUCUGAAAUCUGUAACACACACUGAAUGGACUUUGUUGUAUUUGGUGCUUUAGUUCUCAUGUUUUUGUUGCUACGUUCAUGUGAAAUAUGUUUGUACAAAUUUGAAGUGUAUUAAAAGGGUGCGGAUGUAUUUAAA